AGACGCCGGAAGGCCGGCCCCGCGGGGAAUUGAUAGGAACAAGGCGUAGGGAAGCGCGGCGGACACGCCUGUCUCUGCGUUCACCCGCCUUAGGGGAGCGGCUUCAGCAGCAGAAAGAGCAAGACUCGGCUGCAGCUACUGCCGCUGCCUGGCUCAGCGAAGAAACAGGGAAGGUCCCAUGGAAAAAAUGGAGCAUUGUGACAUCUGCUGCUCAGACUCCGGGAGGGUUCACAUAAAACAUGAGAUCACAAAGGAAUGCAUUUGCUGACUGUCUCCUGCAUGAAAAGUUUUGCUGUUCCCACCUUGUUGCCAUCACUAAGCACCCUAAUUUGAGGGGAUUUCUUGGAUCACGGAAGCUUGUGUGAACUUCAGCUAACUAGUGCUGAAGAAGUGAGGCAGACCUAUAUAUUUGCAAUAUAAACUGCAUUCACUGAAGGGGGAAAAAGCUUGUUUGCAGAAGUUGGAGUUUUUGUGGGGGUGGGUAUAAAAAUAUAUUUUGGAAUGAAUGGAAUGUAGAGAGGCAAAAAACCAUGUGGGAAUUCAGGGUAUAUGUUAGCAGCUCUGCUUUUUUACAUACAUUAUCUGCCUAGAGGACCAAGCAUCCCUAUAAGUCGCAGCUGAAGUCAUGGCACUGGGUGACCUUUUAAGCCAUAUGGGAAGUAUCACUGAGCCUUGGUAUCAAACAUAGCUUUGCAUCUAAAUCGGAUGAGCAGCAAUACACCAUGUGCUAAGCGAAAGCGCAUUUGGAAGAGAAGAUGCCUCUUGCCAUACAAUGAUGCCACUGUCCAUUAUGUGAGGGGGUGAAGAGUUUGUGGUUUGCGUUGUGUCCUGUGAUGACAUUCCGUGCAAUGUUCACACUGGCUUGGAUGUAAGGAGCUGUUGUCUUCUGUGAAGCUUGAAAUGUGUCGCUGUUUUUGACCUGUCCCAGAGAAGAAAGUCUAUAAAAUGGCUCAGACCAGCUUGCUUCAAGGGAAGCAGUUUUAUUGUAGAGAAUGGGUUUUCCACAAGCUUCAGCACUGCCUCCAGGAAAAGACAAGCUGCAGCAGCAGCACUGCCAACAAACCAUCUGUUGUGCUGAAUUCUGGGACUAAUACCUGUGUUGUCCCUGGCAAGGGAGCUGCCUGGGGUGUGUUGUUAGUAGGCGGGCCUGGGAGUGGCAAGACAGCCCUCUCUACUGAGUUGCUUUGGCCCAGCUCACCUGCAAGUCUGCAGAGGGGCUUACAUCACCAAGCCCUGGCCUUCCACUUCUGCAGGGCUCAGGACUCUGACACUCUCUGUGUGGGUGGGUUUAUUAGAGGGUUAGUUGCCCAGAUAUGUCGCAGUGGACUGAUUCAGGGAUACGAAGACAAACUGAGAGAUCCUGCUGUUCAAAGUCUCUUGCAGCCAGGGGAGUGCGAGAGGAACCCAGCUGAAGCAUUUAAAAGGUGCAUUUUGCUCCCCCUUCUGGGAACCAGCCCCCCCCAGCAAAGCCUUUUCCUCCUCGUAGAUUCAGUAGAUGAGGGUUGUAACAUUUCAGAAGGUGACCAGACAUCAACAGCCUUAUCUGGGACUAUAGCCGAACUUCUCGCUAGUCAUUAUGAGUUUUUUCCUCCCUGGCUUCUGCUCCUGUGCUCUGCCCGGAAGCAGAGCAAAGCUGUUACAAAAAUGUUUACUGGCUUUCGAAAAAUAAGUCUUGAUGAUCUCCGAAAGGCCUAUAUUGUGAAAGAUGUUCAACAGUAUAUUCUUCAUCGCUUAGAUCAAGAAGAAGCACUGAGACAACAUCUCACAAAAGAAACUGCAGAAAUGUUGAAUCAGCUUCAUAUUAAAAGCAGUGGAUGUUUUCUGUAUCUAGAACGUGUCUUAGAUGGAGUAGUAGAAAACUUCAUCAUGUUACGAGAAAUCCGGGAUAUCCCAGGAACGCUGAAUGGCCUGUACCUUUGGCUUUGUCAACGACUUUUUGUGAGAAAACAGUUUGCAAAGGUCCAGCCUAUUCUGAAUGUAAUCCUUGCUGCUUGCAGACCACUAACUACAGUUGAAUUGUUCCAUGCAGUGUGGACCAAAAAUAUGGCAUUGUCUAUGGAGGAUUUCCAGCGCAAGCUAGAUGUUCUCUCGAAAGUUCUUGUUGAUGGGCUUGGAAACACAAAGAUCCUUUUCCACUACAGCUUUGCUGAAUGGCUGCUGGAUGUAAAACACUGUACACAAAAAUAUUUAUGUAAUGCCGCAGAAGGACACAGAAUGCUAGCCAUGAGUUAUACUUGCCGAGCCAAGGAUUUAACACCAUUAGAGGCUCAAGAAUUUGCUUUGCAUCUGAUUGACUCAAAUUUGCAACUGGAGACCUCUGAGUUAGCUUUGUGGAUGAUCUGGAAUGGCACACCUGUCAAAGAUUCUUUGUCAACAUUGAUCCCCAAAGAACAAGAAGUUUUACAGUUGCUAGUAAAAGCUGGUGCUCAUGUCAACAGUGAGGAUGAUCGGACAUCUUGCAUUGUGCGACAGGCUUUAGAAAGGGAAGAUUCCAUUCGAACAUUAUUAGAUAAUGGUGCUUCAGUAAACCAGUGUGAUUCAAAUGGAAGGACAUUGUUAGCAAAUGCUGCAUACAGUGGAAAUCUUGAUGUAGUCAACUUGCUUGUUUCUAGAGGAGCUGACUUAGAAGUUGAAGAUGCUCAUGGGCAGACAGCACUUACUUUAGCUGCUCGGCAGGGACACACCAAAGUUGUCAAUUGUUUGAUUGGAUGUGGUGCUAACAUAAAUCAUACUGACCAUGAUGGAUGGACAGCGCUACGAUCUGCAGCUUGGGGUGGGCAUACUGAGGUGGUUUCUGCACUCCUUUAUGCUGGAGUAAAAGUAGAUUGUGCAGACGCUGACAGUCGAACAGCCUUGAGAGCAGCAGCUUGGGGAGGACAUGAAGAUAUUGUGCUGAACCUGUUGCAGCAUGGAGCUGAAGUCAACAAAGCAGAUAAUGAAGGUAGAACUGCUUUGAUUGCAGCAGCAUACAUGGGGCAUAAAGAGAUUGUAGAGCAUCUUCUAGACCACGGGGCAGAAGUAAACCAUGAGGAUGUGGAUGGAAGGACUGCUCUCUCUGUUGCUGCUCUUUGUGUACCUGCUAGUAAGGGACAUGCUUCAGUUGUGAGUCUUCUAAUCGAUCGAGGUGCUGAAGUGGAUCAUUGCGACAAAGAUGGCAUGACUCCACUGCUGGUGGCAGCCUAUGAAGGGCAUGUUGAUGUGGUUGACUUGCUUCUGGAAGGUGGAGCAGAUGUAGAUCAUACUGACAACAAUGGUCGUACUCCACUUCUCGCUGCAGCUUCAAUGGGUCACGCUUCUGUUGUAAAUACUUUAUUGUUCUGGGGGGCAGCUGUGGAUAGUAUUGACAGUGAAGGACGGACAGUCCUUAGCAUAGCUUCUGCCCAAGGUAAUGUUGAAGUAGUACGGACUCUGCUGGAUAGAGGCUUAGAUGAAAAUCACAGAGAUGAUGCAGGAUGGACACCUUUGCACAUGGCAGCUUUUGAAGGGCAUAGGUUAAUAUGUGAAGCACUUAUAGAACAAGGUGCUCGAACAAAUGAGAUUGAUAAUGAUGGGCGCAUAGCCUUCAUACUGGCUGCCCAGGAAGGUCACUAUGACUGUGUGCAGACCUUACUGGAAAAUAAAUCAAACAUUGAUCACAGAGGCUAUGAUGGGAGAAAUGCACUCCGUGUUGCUGCUUUAGAAGGCCAUAGAGAUAUAGUUGAACUGCUCUUCAGCCAUGGAGCCGAUGUGAACUACAAAGAUGCUGAUGGCCGACCAACACUCUACAUCUUGGCUUUAGAGAACCAGUUAACAAUGGCUGAGUAUUUUUUAGAAAACGGUGCAAAUGUAGAAGCAAGCGAUGCUGAAGGAAGAACGGCACUCCACGUUUCCUGCUGGCAGGGCCAUGUGGAAAUGGUACAGAUGCUGAUAACAUACCAUGCCGAUGUGAAUGCCGCAGACAAUGAGAAGCGUUCAGCUUUGCAAUCUGCUGCGUGGCAGGGCCAUGUCAAAGUGGUUCAACUUUUGAUUGAGCGUGGAUCCCUGGUUGACCAUACAUGUAAUCAAGGUGCUACUGCACUCUGUAUUGCCGCACAAGAAGGUCACAUUGAUGUUGUGCAGAUACUGCUGGAACAUGGUGCUGAUCCGAAUCAUGCAGAUCAGUUUGGGCGCACAGCUAUGCGUGUUGCUGCAAAAAACGGGCACACACAGAUAAUCAAAUUACUGGAAAAAUAUGGUGCUUCUAGUCUAAAUGGGUGCACUCCUUCUCCAGUCCAUACAAUGGAGCAGAAACCUUUGCAGUCAGUAUCUUCAAAAAUGCAGUCCUUAACCAUAAAAUCAAAUAGUUCAGGGAGCACAGGUGGGGGAGAUAUGCAGCCUGCUUUGCGUGGCUUAUCUAAUGGGCCAGCUCAUGCUUUUAGUUCUCCUUCUGAAUCCCCUGAUUCUACUGUUGAUCGGCAGAAAUCCUCUUUAUCCAAUAAUUCAUUGAAGAGCUCAAAAAACUCUUCUCUUCGCACAACUUCAUCUACAGCAACAGCCCAGACAGUACCUAUCGAUAGUUUUCACAAUAUGUCGUUUACGGAACAAAUACAGCAGCAUUCAUUGCCACGCAGUAGAAGUAGGCAGUCCAUUGUUUCUCCUUCUUCCACAACUCAUUCCUUAAGUCAAAAUCAUAGUUCACCAAAUAGUGAAUUUGAGUGGAGCCAAGUGAAACCCAGCUUAAAAUCAACAAAAGCAAGCAAAGCAGGGAAAACGGAAAACUCCAGCAAAUCUGGAUCUGCUGGGAAAAAAGUAAAGCAGAGCUCUGCUCAGCCGAAAGUCCUAGAAUAUGAAAUGACUCAGUUUGACAAAAGAAUACCUGUUGCCAAAUGUGGGGCUGGUGUGCCCUUUAAAUCAAUGACUGCUGACACUCAGUGUAAAAUAGCCCCCCCAGCACAGCAGGACAUUUGCCGAUCUCAGCAACCGUUUCUGAUCCACCAGCAAAGUGGGGAACAGAAAAAAAGAAAUGGAAUAAUGACAAAUCCAAACUACCAUCUUCAGAGCAAUCAGGUUUUUCUUGGUAGAGUUUCUGUCCCGCGAACAGUACAGGAUCGAGGACAUCAGGAGGUUUUGGAAGGCUAUCCUUCUGCAGAGACAGAGCUAAGUCUUAAGCAAGCCUUAAAACUUCAAAUUGAGGGAAAUGACCCAAGUUUCAACUAUAAGAAGGAGACACCAUUGUAACAGGCAGAUCCAUGACACCAUGAAUAAAAAGAACAGCUUCUGCCUAGAAUGGUUUGUCAGCCGAGCUGGGAUAAAAAAGCAUGUCUUGCUUGUUGAACCACAUCGAAAAUUACGAAUGUGAUUGCUGCAGUACAGUUACCUUCAUUACUGUAAUGUGCCUAACAGUUUUAAGGCUGCCUUCUUAAUGUAACCUUCUGUGCUUCAGAAAUUUUAUUUUGUGUACUUUGUACUUAAUACACAGAAUAAGCACUUUCUUUUUUCCUUAGUAGCAAAACAAGAUAAAUGCUGUAUUUUCCUCACACAGCUGAAAAACUGUAAGAGCUAGAAAUUUGAGUUUCCUUUUCAAGAAGGCGUGAUUGGUGUAAAUGUGCCAUGGUGGAUUUUGUAUUGAAAGGCAAUGCCUUCUGUAUUUAUUUUAUUUUAUUUUAAUGUGGUCAAAAGAAACUGCAUACAACCAAAAAUACAAGGAGUAGCCUGAGCCACCUGCUAGACUAAAGCCACCCCUCCUACCUUCGCCCAAUCAUUUGUGAAUUUCCUGCAUAGAUCCUUUUAAUCCAAAUUAAAUGUUUCUUUUUUUCUCCCUUCUGCUUGCGGCAGCUGCACUUGCAGUAAAAAUUUAGUUAGUAAACCUUUAAGGUGCCAUCGGACUCUUUCUGUUGCAGGUUCACAUGAUCAAAUCUACCCAGAAGGUCCUGACUAUGUCCCCAAAGGAUAUACGUGCUAUUUGCAUGUAGCAUAGAAUAUACAAAUCAGAGCAUCCAUUGAUGUACCCACAGCAACAACCGAUAAUACCAUUUGUGGUGCUUCAACAAUCGGUAGUGAUACCUAUGGGAGAGGUGGCUCACAGAUUGCCUUCUCCAUGCAAUCACAGGCACAAUACACAGAAGGGUCGUUCCAAACACGUAAUAUCGAACUGUUUUUGAACAUGUAAACUGGUACCUACUUUAUGUGCAUCUUAAAUCACAUUUGCAUUGCCAUAUUUCUGUGUAGUUAAAAUGUUUCUCAUAAAAAGACGAUUCUUGUGAUAGUAUUGGCUAAGAUGCAGUACUUGUGUUUGGCCCUGGUUAGUGGUGGAUAGAAGGCUAUGGUAUCGUUCAUCAAUCGUUUGCUCCCAUUACUCAGUUUCAAGGGUGUUUGUGAAAGUGCAGUUCUUAGGUUUCAAGACCAGUUCUUGUGGUACCCACUUCCACUUUGUUUUCUAGAGGUCAGUAGAGGUAGCCAGUACAGCCAGUGGUCCUAGAACCCCCUAACAGUAUUCCCUAGAUAAUCCUUUAUUUUACUUCAGCUUUUAUUUGUGAAAGAGCCGUAUCUUUGCUCAGUUCCUUGUAUCUUCAGUUAAAAGGAUUUUGCUUAAAAAGUGAGCUAGAUGUCCCCAAGACCAGACUUCAUAUAAGGCAGCUUCAUAUGCUCAAAAGUGAAUAAUUGGAAGUCUUUGGCAAGAAGCAAUUCUUGGCUUUGCCCCUAGGAGCCUGCCUAUAUGCUUAGAGUAGGAAUAACAGCUCAUUCAUUCUGGUAGCAGCUGCUCUUUGUCUUGUUCACAGCAUGCCCAAGACACUGAUACAUAAUCUCUCUUUUCAGAUGAUUAAUUUACCACCUGUUAAUGUUAUCUUUGGAUUAGAUGUAAAUUGUAAACUCUAAACUACUCACGGUCUUGAUAAUUAAUCAACUGUCAUAGUCCAAGGUGCAGUUCCAACUAAAAAUAAUUUGGUAAAAGCUGUAUGUUAAAAAACUUUAGAGUCACUACCUUUUGAAAUGAAUGUGCUUGCAGUGCAGUCAUCGUCUAUUAAACACUGCCCCAAGAUUCCUCACUGCAGGGCUUAUUCAUCCAUAUCAAGCAUUGUCUCCGGCACUUUGCAUCUCCUGUGACUCAGAAACCGAAACCAGGAUGGGCUAUGCUGAUCAGAACAGACCUGGUGUGUAGGUGACAUUAGGAGAGCGUGCACAGGUAUCCCUCUGCUUCUCGCCCCCCGCACCGCAGUAAAGAAUGGCAGCUAUUAUAUGGAAGAACAUACAGUUCUGCACUUGGGGCCGCAACCACAAUGUCAAAGCACAUUCCAUAUGCCUGACAGUAGGUGAAAUGUGAUUUUGCACAGAGAUACAAAAGGUGCUUGCAGACAAAGCUUUUAUCACACCAUCACUCUGCCUCAUUCAUGGAAUUUUACUGGGGGACAGGCAGGGGGCACAGUUAAAUUACAUAUUCCACUUGUAAUAUCCCAUGUUUGCCCACUGCUACUGCUUCCUUCUCUCUUUUUGCAGAAAAUCCAUUAUGGAAAAAAAGAUGCAAUAGCUACACAAUGCUUUCUGUCCAUUUGAUAUUGCCAGACAUCCUUUGUGGAAGGACACAAAGGCAUCCCGUACCACAAAAGGGAUGUCUAUAAUAUCAUAUAUCUCCCUCUGCUCACAGCCUACCCAUCACACUCAUUAGUACUUUGGUAGUGACUAAUCUUGCUGAUUAGCUGAAUAAUAUUUUUGGAAAAUAAUUACUCAGAGUGCAUCCAAUGGAAGGCUUCUGCUGCUACUGAUCAAAGGCAUUGUGUAGCUGUUUAUCUCUCUUGCCCCACCUCCUGUUGCUUUGUUUAAAGAAAGAAAACGGGGGAAGUGAGAAACACAGGGGUUCUCAACUGAUGAUAAAGAUUCCUGUAAAAUUCUGUGAAUGAGGAACAGCAAUUGCACAAUUAAAAUCAUAUUCAGCAGCACCCUUACGCAAAGAAUGGUGAGUGGCGUAGUAAGGGUGCCAAAAUGUUGCCUCCGGUUUGUUCUGAAUGUGAAGUACUGAGUGUUUGCCAUACUGCACAAGAAUAAAGCUCGUCUUCCUUCUUAGGUAUGCACAUAUAUUUUGAACUGUAGAAAGACCAUCCCUAAAGGUUACCUUCUCUGGAUCUUGGCUAAUGCUGAGAUUGUAUUUAUUUGAUAGUAUUAUUUUAUUACAGCAUGUACCUUGUGACUCAAUUACAACAGUUCUGGCCAUUUUGACAAGAAGACUAAGCAUUUCAGAAGUCUUCUUGACUUUCAGCAGAACAGUCUUAAGCUAUUGAGGCUAACAUUCCCAAGAAAUCAACUAAAAGGUCAGUGAAAAAGUGUUUCCUUACAGAGAAUUGACAUAAAUUUUCCUAAUCCCUUUCAGAGAUGCUUUGGAAUACGGCAUGUUUCUCUGUUUAAAAAUGCAGUUUGACAAGAGUGUGAGAUUUUUCUGAAUUACUUAAAUAUAUGAUUUUAAUAUAUUGGCUUUUGUGACCUCUCAGAGAAAGGUAAAAUUAAUUGCCCUGAAUACUGGCAAGUGUGUGUGUGUGUAUUUUAAUUCUGAAUUGUUGGGUGUGCUUCAGUCUGAUCAGCCAUGACUUGGCAGGGCUGAUCAGCUCUAAUUUAGCAUAAUGUGAGCCCCUCUUUUUUAUUCAAAAUAUCUAAAUAUUUCUAGACCUGCUUUAUCUUUCUAUUUUCCAAAGUCGUCACUGGAGGAAAUUAUGGAAUAUGCCACAAUUCAUAACUAGGAGACUUGUGGAAGGACUGGUAGACAUUAAUAGCUGUACCACACACAUGCCAAGAAAGCUGUCAUAAUAGAGAUUAAAUUAAUCUAUUGAAAUUUAACCUGCUAAGAUAUAGCAGUGCCCUCUAGCCCUUAUCAUGAUCAGUAUUGGAAAAUGGCUUUGCUUUUACUUAAGGCAUCAUUUUCUCUUGUCAACUGUGCUGCUAUGCAAAUGUCUGUUUAUGCUCUUUAUCCUCUGUUGAAACUCUUCGAAUAACAUGGUGCACAGAUAAGACUUCUUUUCCUGGACUGGGUUGUAAAUAGCCUAUAAUGUACAUUGAAUUUCACAUUGUAAAAUUUUUAUUUUAUUUCUUGUAUUAUAUUAAGCAAAAAUCCUUAUGUAUAUGAAAGUGCAUAAUAAAUAUAUUUGCUUUUCAGCA